ACCCAAACAGGGGCUGAAGAAAACUGUAGGAGUUUAAGGAGGAAUUUGCAAAUCCUGAAGCGUGCCACUGUUGUGCUUCAGGUGCUCAGCUGAAACCUUCAUGCUGACAACAAAGAAGCUGGAACAAUGGGAGUGACUCAUUUGUGGCAAAUCCUUGAGCCUGUGAGACAGCCUAUCAACUUGAGCAGUCUCAAAGGAAAAACACUUGCUGUUGAUUUAAGUCUGUGGGUUUGCGAAGCACAGACUGUUAAAAAGAUGAUUGGAGUAGUUACCAAGCCACAUCUGAGAAACCUAUUUUUUCGGUUCUCUUUCUUAACAUCAAUGGGAAUUAAACUAGUAUUUGUCAUGGAGGGAGAGGCCCCCAAGUUGAAAGCAGACACCAUGAGUAAGAGGAACGAGAUGCGCUAUGGCCCUUCAAAGAAAGUUGGAGCUGCAAGAACGGGGAGAUCUUUAUUUAAAACCAUAUUAAAGGAGUGUCUCGAACUGCUGGAGUGUUUAGGUGUCCCUUGGGUUCAAGCAACCGGGGAAGCAGAGGCAAUGUGUGCCUACCUAAAUACAAAAGGAUAUGUUGAUGGCUGCAUUACCAAUGAUGGAGAUGUCUUCUUAUAUGGAGCUCAAACAGUUUAUAGGAACUUUGCCAUGAAUGCUAAGGAUCCACAUCUUGACUGUUACACAAUGUCCUCUAUUAAGGAGAAGCUUGGUUGUGACAGAGAAACUUUGAUCGGGCUAGCUGUUCUUCUGGGUUGUGAUUAUCUUCCAAAGGGUGUUCCAGGAGUUGGGAAAGAACAAGCUUUAAAGUUAAUCGAGACCUUGCGAGGUCAAAACUUAUUGCAAAGAUUUGAGCAAUGGAAAGAACAAUUUCAGUAUGAUAAUACUGAACAACCUUUGGUUGUAAAAAGGGUAAUUCACUGUUCUGAGUGCCAUCAUCCAGGAUCUCCCAAGGAACAUAAGCACAGUGGAUGUAAAUUCUGUGAAAGCACUAAAUACUGCAAACCCAGUGACUCCAAAUACUGCUGCCCUUGUGAAUGGCAUCAGUUAGAGCGAGUGAAACAAGCAAGUGCAGUGGAGGACAAUAUCAGAAAAAAAGCUAACAGUUGUGAGGGCUUUCCAUUCUCUGAGGUUAUCCAAGAAUUUCUUGUAAACAAGAAUAAAUUGAUCAACAUAAAGGAAUGUCAAAGGCCAAAUUUAUUGUCCUUUCAGAUAUUUGCUUCUGAGAAGAUGGAAUGGACUAAACACUACGCCUGUAAGAAGCUGUUAGCACUAUUGACACGUUAUGAUAUGAUCCAGAGAAAAUCUGGAUACACUGAUACAAAACAACUCCAGGCAAUACGGAUAGUCAAGACACGUGUUAAAAACGGAAUUCCUUGUUUUGAAAUUGAGUGGCAAAGACCAGAACAUUAUGUUGAUGAAGAAGAUGAGCCUGUGGAAUUGUUUGUAGUCACGGUAGAAGAGGAGUCUUUGUUUCAGGCUGCUUAUCCUGAUGUUGUUGCCCUUUAUCAAGCAGAAAAGUCAGAAGUUCUGAAGAAGAAACAAAAAAACAGGAAAAACAGACCAAAAGAAAAUGAAUUAUCAAAUGUUUAUGAUGAAGUUAGCGAUCUUCUGUCUCAAAUUAAUUUAAAAUCUGAAUGUGGAAUUCUUCCUGUGCAAGACUCCACAUCAGAUAUAAAAACUCGCCCAGAUCAGAUACAGCAGAGAAGUACUGAAUCAAAAGAUCUGGUGUUAGCUACAGCUUCCAGCACAGCAACUGUUCAGAUGCCAGCAUCAGCAGCUGCUCUUCCUCUGACUGCAUCACCUUCCUUGCUCUUACAGAGCACGUUGGCUGACUCAUCCGUAUUGCCACCAGAAUUUACUAAAAAUUCAGGGAUGUCGUCCUCUUCCUCUGUAACAGCUGGUCUACACCUGAGCAGUAUUGAUUGGGAAGGAACCUUCUUCAGUGCUUCAUCAGCCUGUGGGGGUGACACCUGUGAUCCAGCAGCUGGCUUAACUACGUGCAUAAAACACUCCCAUCCACCAGGUCAUGAAACAGUAAGAAAUAGCUCAGAAUAUUCUGAUGCUAUGCAGUCUGAUCAACAUCAUUCUGGUAGUUCAGAUGACUUGGUUUCAGAUGAUGCUAUGGGACAACUUCAGAAGUGGUCUUUAAGUGAGCGAAUUCUGAAGAAGACUUCCAUUCCAUCAAAGCCUUUGUUGUGUGAAGAUGUAAUACAACUGCAGUCUUUUAAACAAACAAAAGAAACCUUGCAUCCUGAUAAAGAUUAUGUGUCUUCCUUGCAUCAGUUAAAUAAACUAGUGCAGGAAGGUAAAAAUGUGCCAUCAGAAAACUACGCGAGGGAACCCAGCAUAUGCAUUUAUCAAGAUCAGUACAAAAAAGCUGAGAGCCUGGCUGAAAUUAUGCAAAAAGACCUUAAUAUAAGCAGUUCAGCAUCUCUAGCCUGUAGUGGGCAAACAGCAGAGACACUGCAUCUUGGGUGUGAACUGCUUCCAGUGUCUCAGAAGCCGGCAAGUGUUGUAAGUGACUGUCACAUUAAAAAAGCUUGUGUUCAAACUGCUUGGAAAACUUCUAAAAAGAGUGUAUGUCAGAAGAGAUGCUCUUCUAGUGAAGACAGUGAUGAUGGAAACCUGAGUAAAAACCUGAUUUAUGAGCAGCAGAAAAAGCAACUGAUUCCUGGUCAGUUUAAAAAAUCUUUUACAAAAAAAAGGAGUAACACUGUUAGUGGCAAAAGAACAAACAGUGACUCAGCCCUUAUAAUUAAAGGGAAGAAAAAACCGACCAAUUUUAAAAAAGCUGGUAAUAGUUUUUCAUUGCAAGUAUCUCCAAAACUAUCCUCUGUGGGAGAAGUUAAUUGUUCCCAAAGUCCAGAGGAACCAUUUGAGAGGUUGGGUUCUGGUCCCACGUGGCAAGCCAGAAGUGCUCUGACUUCUGCGUGGGCAGAAAGUCCCCUUCCCCUGUCUGAAAGACUAAAAAGAAGAAUCAAAAUCAAUUAGGUUCUCCAUAAAAUAGGUCAUGAUAACAGUAUACUCAAUCUUCAGCUUUUACAGACUUUUUUCUCAAAGUUUUUCCAGUAUGCCUUAUCAAUUUUAUGUAGACACAGUUUUGAUGAAUAAGAAGUGCUGUGAAAUACUGCAUACUGGAGCUAAAGUUUGAAACUGAAAUAUUAUCAAAAGUACAAAAUAGCUGAUUAUAGGCAAGUGAUUACAUUCUGAACUUGAUACUUAUGUAUCAGGGUAUAGUAUACAUGGGAGUGGGGAGGUUUGUUUAUGAAAUAAGAAUGUUUUUUCUCCCAGCCUAUCAUGAGGAUUUUGUGUACAGCUAUUAGUUCUGUUCAUAAAACCAGACUUAUUAGAAUAGUGUGUGCACUGAUGUUGGAUACUCUUAAUAAUACAAAGUGAUACAGCUCUUUCCAACUGAAAUUUUCCAUUCUGUUUCAGUAACUUAAUUUUGCUAGUUUUAAAAUGGGUUUUCAAAUCCUGGGAUGCUGAUUUUGUUGAUUAUCUCUGAAGGACCAGAUAGAGACACACAACAGAUGUACCUUUCAUGGUAGCUAAAUUUAUAUCUGCCAUGCUCUAUGAUAAACAGUUUAAGUGUGUGCAUCUUCCAAAGAAUGGGGUAAGCCAUGUAAGGAUGUUCUGGUUUUGUAUUUAAGGAAAUUUUAUGGCUGUUUUAAUGAAACAUUUAUAGCUUGGGACUUUUUUUCUUCAAAGAAGAUAGGAAAUCUCAUCUAACAUUCACUUCUACUUAUAAUAGAAGGAAGAUUAAGAUACAGAAAAUCAAAAUCUCAUGAUGGUAUUGCAGAUUCUUUGAAAAAUACUGUGUAAAUGUUUGUUUUGAAAGGGGGAACAUGAAUAAAACUGCAUUUUUGAAGGUAUUCUUCCUAUCUCUUCCUACUGAAGCAAUCUCUGUACACAAAAAAAAAAAAAAAAAAAAAAAAAAAAUUUGUCUUCAACAGCUUAUUAGAAAAUGCCUUUUUGUCUGUCUUUAAGUGUUUGUAACUUUUCCUGUGGACCAACCAGAAGGAAGGCCACUCUUACCCAGGUAUAAUGUUAAUGACAGAAAUUUAGAAUAUCUGUGCCUUAAUGAAAAUGUCAAUUCUUUCUUUAUAAAGGCUAAAACUUUAAAAGUUAGGAAGCUAAAUUUCAGAUAUAUUUAAAGAAGAAAUAGGUAGUCCAUAGAUAAUACCAUCUGUAAUUAUCCAAAAUGAACGUAUGUUUCUUCUCUCUUGUGAGCAGAUGGAGAAAAUGUAUUUAUAUUUGAUUUUCCAAAUGAGAAACGUAUCAUAGAAAUGAGAAAAAAAAAUCCUAAAUGCUGAAAACUUAUUUUCAGAUUUGAAGAUGGUCUCCCUCUUCUGGAGACUCUUAACCACCCAGCUGGUGUGAGAGGGUAGCUAGAAUAGAAUUGCUAAGGAGAAUGACUUGCAGUUACCUGGGGACUGUAAAUGGAGAGAUUCCUUAUGCAGUGGUCAGUAGUGGAGAGAUCAGAUAUUUUUUUGUGGAAAAAAAUUGUUACUGAUUAUGUAUGAUUAUUUUCCUUGCUGUGAUUUUUGAAUGCUGCAAGUUGGAAUCAAGAGUUUGAAUUUUCAUUAAUAAAAAUGCCCACAUCA